GGCUACAACCCACCCAUGUGAAACCCUAAACACCCAUUCUUCAUUCUUCUGAAGCCUUGAUCUCUACCUUCCGCUCCUCCACAUCCUAUCUCUCUCAGCCGCACCAAAUCCAUCAUUUCUGGUCUUCUUCUAGCACCCUUCUCCCCCACCAGCCGCACCCUUGAGAUCCUUCAUUCUUGGAAGCUCCUGAUCCCUGAAGAGAAAGCAAAAUACACUACUUCAUGGUCGUUAUUAUGAUUUUACCCAUUAUUUUGUAGUUUGAACAUUUUGAUGAUUUUACCUUGGCUUCUACCUGGGAAAGCCAUACAAGUUCAUAUCUGAGAUAGAGGCAGUUUGCAGUCAAUGGUUUGCAGAUUUCCCUAGAAAUUUAUUGGUAUCAUUAUUAUAGCUAUAGUUUUUGACCUUUCCAUUGGGCCUGCUUAUUGAAGACUUGUUCUGUUAAUUGCGGAGUAAUAGUCAUCUAAAUCAACUCUACAAAGAUGAUGUCUUGCUGCUGCUAGGUUGUUGGAUUUAGUUAAGUCUUUUUGCAAAUUCUGACUUUGUGUUCCACUUUGGUGAGAAGCUACAUUUGGUGAAAAUGGAUUGAAACUUACUGUUUUUGGGAGGAUCACCCAAGUAAUUACAUUUAACCAGUUCCCCGAAAUCCAAAUACUGCUUGAUUUCCACUGUGUCGUUUUUCUAUUCAUUUUACUGGUUGAUUCCUUUAUAUUCAAACCUUGUUGAAGGCAUGACAAUCUCUCAAACACUUUGACAAGGAAGGAAAUAUGUCAAUUUCUGAGAUCCAUUAUGCAUUCUGAAAUUUAGCACCUUAACAACUGCAUCGAAUCUUAUAAAGUGCUUCAUUGAAUCGUUUGGUCACUGAUGUGGCCUUUAUAUGUUCUCUUCAACAAGUUUUUGGGACCGCAAGAGGAAAAUGUUCAUGGACCGGAUGUGAGCAAUUUGAGUUUUAUCAGUUCCUUCCCUUUUAUUCAGUCACCAAAUGGAAAUGUUUACAACAGUAUGGUUGUCUCCCGAUCAUUUUCUGUUGAGGUUCCGCACAUCAACCAACUACAUACAUGGGAUUGCGGUCUUGCCUGUGUUGCGAUGGUUUUGAGAACUCUGGGCUUCAGUGAUUGUAAUAUUGCGGAACUAGAAGAGCUAUGUUGCACGAGAAGCAUUUGGACAGUUGAUCUCGCAUAUUUGUUGCAGAAAUAUUCUGUUGAUUUUUACUACUUUACAGUCACACUAGGAGCAAACCCCAAGUUUAGUGUGGAGACGUUUUACAAGGAACAAUUACCUAGUGAUCUGGUCCGUGUGAAUACGCUUUUUCAAAAGGCACGGGAAGCUGGCAUUGAUAUUGAGUGCAGGUCAAUUAGCAAAGAAGAGAUGUCUGUAUUAAUCUUGUCGGGAAACUAUAUUGCAAUUGCUUUAGUUGACCAAUACAAGUUAAAUCAUUCUUGGCUGGAGGACCUUUGUGUUUUGAGCUUUUGUAGCGACAGGCCUGGGUAUACUGGUCACUAUGUUGUCAUUUGUGGCUACGAUGCAGACACGGAUACAUUUGAGAUUCGAGAUCCAGCAAGUUCAAGGAAACACGAAAGGGUUACUUCAAGGUGUCUAGAAGAGGCUCGUAAAUCGUUUGGCACCGAUGAGGAUCUACUACUGGUACGUUGGUAGAUCGUUAGUAAUUAUUAACCUGCUCGAAGUUGAAACCCGCAUUUGUCAUCGUAUGAUAAAUUACCUGAUGUUUUUUGGUGCACAUUUGUUUUGAGAAAGAGAAUCCAAACAGCCCCUUGUCGUUCUUAACUUCACACGAUUGCUGAUAUCCAGUGUAUUGCGGCAGAUUCAUUUGUAUUGCAUAGAAGAAUCAAGAAUGUGUAAUUUUUCUUGUAUAUUUAUGGACAUUUAGGUAUAUAUAAUAGCAUGAAACAGUUAUUCAUACAAAACAAGUGAUAUAUAAUACUUUGUUAUAGAUAUUCUUAAAUAAAUACCUUUUCAUUAUCAAAAUCACUGACAUUGACUCAA